UAUAAACACCAAUCAAGAUCAAUUAGCAGGUUCUAUUGAUAAUAUUGAGGAUGGUGUCGCUAAUCUCACCGAAAAUGUAUCUGAAAUCAAAGAGGAUAUUAAGAAAAUUGCUGUGAUGUUAAAAGGAUUUGAAGAUUUUUAUGUACUAAAAAACAUGAUUGAAGCUCAAAUGGAAAGUGCUUUGAAAAAAGAUAUUAUCGAAAAACCAUUAAAUCUACAUGAUUUAUCCAGAACGGAGGAAGAACGUGGUAAUACCCGAAAAUGGAUAAGAAAUUCUGAUAAUUAUGAAGUGGCUUUUACUGAAAUGAAUUCCCUUCCGGAAGACAUUUAUUUUGAAAUCAAAUCACGUCUAUCAAAAACUUAUUUGGUUACAGAAUGGUCAAAAUAUGGUAGUUUAGAAGAAUAUUAUAGAAAUGAAAAACUUGAAAACUCACUAAAACUACAAAUUGCGAUAGAUAUUGUACGUGGACUUAAUUUUCUUCAAGCGUACAAGAUUUUACAUCAUGAUGUGCGAAGUGCUAAUAUCAUGAUCGAUUCUCAUAAACAUGCUAAACUGGCCAAUUUUGGUAUGAGCCGUCGCUUUGCUGACGCCUCAAAAAACCUUAAAAACGUCAUUGAUGCUA